AGGUUGGUGAUUGAACCUGUCAAUCCGAUGAGGGCACAGAAUGUAAACACACCAGUGUUUGGUUAUGAUCCAGAUAGAGUUAGGGUCGCCUCAGUUAUGAACCAAGGUUCAUCCUCCUCCUCUUCAGCACCAGUGGUGGCAAUUGCUCCACCAGUGGGCGGCCAAUCGAUGGCCUCCGCCAACGCCUCGAACGUCACCUCAACACUCGUCCACACUCUUCCCAAGGCCACCGUCGAGAAGCCCAUGGACCUGACCAAGGUGAACCCCAUCUACGGAGGCAUCAACAGCUACUCCAAGGAGCAGUACGCCAAUGACUACCACAUGCCAGAGGGCAUGGAGGCGUACAUGGGACCAAAGGAGCGUUUCACCACCACGCGCAAGGACCCAUUGAAGCGUAAGGAGCAGCUGGCCAACAGCAAGUUCCUCAGGGAGGCCUUCUUGGUGGCCCCAUCGUCCAAGGUCGGCCCACAUCAGUUCCCCGCUCCCCUGCUCGGACCAGACGGACAGCCCCUCAACGCUGCCAGUAUCAACGCGCCACUCAGUGUCCAGUUGAAGCGCCACUUCAACUCGAUCGAGCGUCUGAUGGAGACCAGAAUCUUCCGUGAGAAGACCGACCAGUACACCAAGAAGAUUAUAUACGACUUCCGUAACCUCGUGGCCGAUCUGAUCAUGAUGGUCGAGACCAGAGGCACAGACAAGCAGGUAAUGGACAUUGCCGAGAGUCUCAUGCUGUUCAAGACCGACAUGGCCGGCCAGGCCAACAUUGGCUCGCUCGUGGGCUCAUGGCAAAAGUCGCUCAUGGGUUUGGCCUCAGGCAAGGGUGGCAAGGACAUGUUCAGCACCACCAAGAACCUCGUUGGCGAGUUCCGCCAGUCCGAGUCCAUCCUCAAGCUGUUCUCUGAGGGCUCCAAGUUUGUGCAGAUGGUCGUGCUCGAUCGCCACAACCCCGCCAUCGAGCCACAGCGUGAGCUGGUCUUUGACCACUUCUACAAGGCCUUUGGCUUCCUCUCCACCAACCCCACGUGGAAGAACUUCAUCUCGCAGGGUCGCAACUUCUCGACCGACGUCUAUAAGACGCAGCGCUCAGAGAUGGAUGCCGCGCGUCCCCUCUUCAAGGCCAUCUCCAAGAAUGACAACCUGGCCAACGCCCAGUUCAACUUCAAGGCGCUCCUCCAGUCAUUCAUCCGUGACCGCUCCGUGGCCGACAUUGACAAGUUCAUCCAGUACGGCAAUGAGUCGUGGUCCGAGAUCCAGAACAACCAGGCAUACCCCCUGUUCUACAAGGACCUCAGCGCUCUCUCCAACGAGAUCGUCGAGAACCCCGCUCUGAUGGACGACCCCGCCAUGCGUCACGUCGUGCGCGACAUGUACAACCGUGGUGUCAACAUCCUCAUGGAGCAGCGUAACAGUGCUUCCCUCCAGAAGUUUGUAGGAGAGGCUUCCAACUUCAAGGACGGCUUUGUCUCGGACGAGCUCAACACUCGUUUCAUUCAGCAUUUGAAGGCCUUCUCCAAGAACUUCAUCUCGGCACCAGGUCGUCCAGUGGGCCCAGAUAUCUUCUCGCAGCUCAAGAUGCUCGCCGUGCCCUUCUUGCUCGAGGAGUUCAGAACCAUCACCAUCCCAGGCCAGACUGGUCUGUCGCCAGAUGGAAAGCUUGGCUACCGUCUCGGAAGCAUCAACUUGUCGUCGGUCGAGCUGUUGCCCGAGAACAUUCACGUUGAGAUGUCACAGAAGAUCAACGCCGACCCGUACACACUGUCUGUUGUCAACCCCGACACAGUGAUCUGGGUCGAGGCCACUGCCAUCCGCGCACGUGUCAACAAGCUGCCAUGGGCCUUCGAGCAGUUUUCCUUCCCAUACAUCAAGGACUCUGGUAUGGCCGACAUUGAGAUGGGUCGUCUCGGAGCAAGAGUUGGUGUGGAGCUCAGAAUCCUCCCAUUGAGCCAACAGACCAUCACUGGUAGAUUCGUCCAAGUCUUGGAUUCAUACUGCCACAUUGAUCAUCUGAGUCUCAGCCUUACCAACUGCAGACAUAGACUCCUCUACAAGUUGUUCACAAGCUUGGCCAAGAGCAAGAUUAAGGCUGGAUUGGAGAAGGCCAUCUCUGAGAAGUUGGCACAGAUCAUCAUUGAGAAUGACUUCAAGACAGUGGCCAAGUACAACGUGGCCAAGGAGAAGAGUGCUCUCAGAUCCCAGCAGCUCCAGUCCAAGUGGGCUGCCUACAAGUCUGAAGCCGCCAAGAAGAAGGCAUCCAAGGCCAAGAAGAACAGACAGUUCACCAACACUGGAUUCUUCAAGUCACUCACUGGCAAGGAUGAGGGUCUCCGUCGUGUCGUACAACAGGAGCAAGUCGCCCAGGCACCAUUGAUCCAAGAGACGACCAUCAUCAACGAGACGAUCGUCCAUCAGCCACCAGCCAACACUGUCAUCCUAGAGAAGGUUCAGAUGCCAACGCCCAUCCACAGAGUGAUUGAGACGACUCAGGUCCAGCAGCCAAUCGUUCAGCAGAUGUCCACCCCCAUCCAGAUGUCCACACCCAUCCAGAGAGUGGUCCAGCAAUCGCCAUACGUGCAGCCAGUACAGAUGUCCACACCCGUCCAGCGUGUCGUCGUCCAACAGCAGUCGCCAUACAUCAAUCAGCAGCCACAAUACAUCCAGCAUCAGGUCAUCACGAACCAGCAGUCGCCACAGGUCACACAGACUACCAACAUGUCGGUCGGUGAGAACACCGACAACUAUGUGAUGGCACACUCAUCGAGCUCACCCUCAGUGAUCUCUGGCCAGUCAUCGUCCUACACGCCACAGAUGCAAUCGGCUCAAGUGAACGUGAUCAAGAUGGACUCCAACAAGGUAGAGUCACCAUCAAUUGAGGAGGGUACCUGGGCGCCAACCUGG